GUUUCAUUCAAUGUUUACAUACAAUUCAGUUAUCGUUACUAAAGCAUCAAAUCUGUGGCAAUGAUAACAGCGAGUGAUCAACGGGUGCUGACCGACGGCCUCACCAACAGUGGCCUCGAAUGCCAGCAAAUGUUGGCCGAAGUGAAGCUCAAAGACAAACAUUUGCCGGCGAUUGACAAAUGGGUGGAAGAGUUCUCGUCGUUGGUGUCUCGGCUGCCGAGUGGACGGCCGCACGAACUCACGGAUCAGUUGUGGUGCAAACGGGCGAAAGUGCCGCUCAUUCAGGAACCGUUUGCAGUGGACGGACAGUUCCGGUUCGCACCGCCCAAACAGUGCCGUCUAAUGGGCGCCUAUCCCUUGGGAACCGCUCUCCGACCGCUUCCCACCAUUGAUAUGGCCGUUGAGAUGCCGACCGAGUGUUGGCAAAGACAAGACACACUCAAUCACCGCUAUUACCGGAAACGGGCGCUCUAUUUGUGUCAUAUCUGCCAAUCCAUCCGCUCGUCGCCACUCGUCUCUCAGAUGAAGUUCACGUACUUUAACGGCAAUCAUAUGCGACCCGUUGUGCUCAUCACUCCGAGCGGUUCACUCGCCAAACGGUUCCGACUCUCGCUCACAGCGUAUCCCGAAUGCGACCAAAAGGUGUUUCGUUGGAUUCGCUUCACUCCCGAGAAGAAUAACGUUCGCAGCAAUUGGUCCCAAACGAGUGACGGCCAAGACUUGCCGACUCCUGUCUAUAACGCCGGUAUUCAACACGACUUGAAUCUCGUCGCUAACUAUGAGUUUGUGUCCGAAACCGUCAAACAGUGGCCGCAUCUGAAGGACUGUUUGAUUCUCAUGAAGGUAUGGCUCAAACAGAGAGCACUGAAGUCGGAGUUUGGCUUUUGUUUGUCUCUAUUUGUUUGUCAUCUCCUGAAGAGCCGUAAAAUAAGUGCUAAUUCUAGUUAUUAUCAAAUAUUUCGCAAUACUUUGCUAUCGAUUUCCACCUCUAAGUGGGACUCAGAAGGCAUUUCAUUGACCGAAGACUUGUAUCAACCGCUCGAUUAUCACUUAACUUACUUCCCGGUUGUUUUGAUCGACAUCACCGGUUAUCACAACAUCUGUUGGGACGUCACCAUUGAUUCGUACGACCGGUUGAGACACGAGUCGAAGUUAACCAUCGAUUUCUUGGAUUCCAAUCACUCGAAUGGCUUUGAAUCGACAUUCUUGAGAGAAGUCACUUUUGAGACCAAAUACGAUAUUCUCCUUAAGAUUUCCGUCCCAUCGCUGCUGAAGUCACCAAAAGUAUCUCAAAUGUCAAAUGACAUAACAGAUAAUUGCGGUGAUAUUGUCACCGCAUUUGUGGGCCAUUUGGUACCACUUUGUCGACGAGCUGUUGGCCAACGUGUACUUCUAUUACAACACAAGUCCAAGUUUUCCAACAAUAAGGAGUGGGCAUUAGAUCAGUUGCCUCCCCAUCCAAACGACGUCCCAUUCCUCAUGUUUGGUCUUAUUGUGAAUGAAGAAUACGCUUAUAAUAACAUAGAAAGAGGUCCGCCGGCGGACACUUCCGAAGCGACAGACUUUAAGGACUUUUGGGGCGAAAAGUCUGAAUUGAGGCGAUUUCAGGACAACUCUAUUUGUGAAGCCGUUUAUUGGGAUUUUAAAACAUUGUCUCAAAAGAGACAAAUUGUGACCAAAUCUCUUGAAUUCAUUUUGACAAACAUUUUAGAGAUCCCAUCGGAAUCUUUCACCACAACAGUAUCACUAUUGGAUCCAAUGGUGGAACUCUCGAACUUAAAGUUUGAGGACAAAUCUGUGGUUUACGGUACGGCCGAAGAGUUUUCGAUAUCAUUGUCUCAUAAGUUCGAUGCUUUGGCCAAAAAGUUGCGGUCCUUAGAAGAACUUCCGCUCACUAUAACUAAUGUCCACACAAUUGAUGCCGUAUUUCGCGGCACAGAUGUAUUCCCACCAUUGGCUAUGAAUAGUGGAAAGUCAUUCAAUGUGACCAAUAAUUGCAAUUCAUUUGAUCUAUUGGUCGAUCAAAGGGUACCCAAAUAUUUCAAACCAUUGAAAAUAGUGAUCCAAUUGGAAGGCAGUGGCAAAUGGCCGGAUGUGUUGGACGCCUUCCGCAGAGUAAAGGCUUCAUUUCAUAUCGAGUUGAGUAAAAAGUUGUCGAAACAAUUCGGAUGCGUUUGUUAUGCGAAUACCGAUUACGUCGAUGUCUUUGACGACGGUUUUGUAUUUCGCGUAAUCAUUGGUUCCCAUAAAGAGAUAGUUUUGUUGAGACAAAUCACGACAAGCGAUGGACUCGUCAAACGAAUUGAGAGUCCAGUGGCCGACAAUUUAGAGACAACGUAUGAAGUGAUGCCAAAAAUUAAUAGCGCUUUAAACGCGUUGAGUCGAAGGCAUCUUUGUUUUGGUCUCAGCUGUCGAUUAGCCAAACGAUGGGUUUCAUCACAGAUGGUGUCCUAUUAUUUUGAAGACAUGGCCAUAGAUUUAGUGGUCGCCUAUAUAUUCUUGAAUCCAAAUCCAUAUACUGUUCCGAAGUAA